GGGUGAGGCGGCUCCGCGGUAUCAAACCCCCCGGUGCCUCCUCUUUUCCGACUCUCGUCUUCGAGCCCUAGGAGCCACCGGAGAGAUCGAUCAAAAGAGAGGAGGGCGAGAAGAGGAAAGAAAGAUAUAAUCAGUGAAGAGAGAGGGAGGCUUUUUAGCUUUUAACUGCAUGAUCUUGAACACAAUAACUUCGCCGGCUUGAAAAAAAAUCUUUCGAUCGUUUCAGGAACAGGUUCGAUUUUGUUUGCUUUACCAUCUGUGAGAAAGGGAAAAGGAAUUGGAUCAUUCACUAUGGGUUACGCACAGCUCGUAAUCGGUCCCGCCGGCAGUGGCAAGUCUACUUAUUGCUCCAGCUUAUAUCAGCAUUGCGAGUCUAUGCGGAGGACUGUGCAUAUAGUGAACCUGGAUCCUGCUGCGGAGAGUUUUGACUAUCCUGUGGCUAUGGAUAUCAGAGAGCUUAUAUCUUUGGAUGAUGUUAUGGAGGAACUCGGCUUAGGCCCAAAUGGGGCACUUAUAUAUUGCAUGGAGCACCUUGAAGAGAAUUUGGAUGACUGGCUGGCAGAUGAACUGGAGAACUAUUUGGAUGAUGAUUAUCUUGUUUUUGACUGUCCAGGUCAAAUCGAGCUUUUUACACAUGUUCCAGUUCUGCGAAACUUUGUGGACCAUCUAAAACGUAAAAAUUUCAACGUCUGUGUUGUAUACUUGCUUGAUUCACAGUUCAUGACGGAUGUGACAAAGUAUAUAAGUGGUUGCAUGGCAUCUCUUUCUGCAAUGGUUCAGCUUGAACUACCCCAUGUCAACAUUCUUUCAAAAAUGGACCUAGUAACAAACAAGAAGGAUCUUGAGGAUUACCUCAAUCCAGAGGCACGGAUUUUACUGUCAGAGUUGAAUCAGCAUAUGGCACCUCAGUUUGCAAAGCUGAAUAAAGCUUUGGCAGGAUUGGUUGAUGACUUCAGUAUGGUGAAUUUUGUGCCCCUUGACUUGAGAAAAGAGAGCAGCAUACAAUAUGUUUUGUCAUACAUCGACAACUGCAUCCAGUAUGGAGAGGAUGCUGAUGUGAAGGUCAAAGAUUUUGAUCCUCCCGAGGAUGACUAACAACUCGAUAUGCAAAUCUCAGGUUAUUAAAGUAUGUCAUGUAGGCGACCUGAGACUGUAGCUAAUGUCGAGCACAGCACGAGGGAGAGAGACGGGAGAAGGAAACGCAUAAGAUGAAAAAAAAUGUUUGUGGUUGUUUCUUCUGGCAUUAAUUUAGAUGGGAGUGGGGAAGUCGCUUGUUUUGGAUUGAUGACCUCCCAGCUUGUUUGGCAUUAAUUAGCAUCUAACAUCAAACAAAAUGUGUCUAGUGAUAUAGGAGUCAAAUUGGACUGUCUCCUGUGUUUGAAGUUGUCCCUAUAAUGCUAUUGGUAUGGUGAAUGAAUUGGUCCUGUUCAACUA